CGGAAAUCGUUAAACAGUGUGUGAUUGAAAUACUUCAGCUAAACGCAAGAAUAAAUCUCUGUACGGCCUCCUCCUCACCAAAAAAUCUACGGAAAACAGUUAGACUGUACCUGGCAACACUGCGUCUUACAUUUUCCUCAUUAUCUUUAUUCAAGAUUUGUGUUCGGCGUGGCUUUUUCGGCUUGGAUUUAAAAGCGUUUUAUUUCACCCUCUUCUGCAUCCUCGGUUUGGUAGCAUCAGAAAUUAAAACGGGUCUAGCUUGCAAAUCAUAUAGACUAAAACAUACCUACCAGACUAAAAAUGGAUAUAAGGCCGAAUAAUACAAUCUACAUCAACAAUUUGAAUGAAAAAGUAAAAAAGGAGGAAUUGAAAAAGUCGCUGUAUGCCAUUUUCUCCCAGUUUGGCCAGAUUUUAGACAUCGUAGCUCUGAAGACGCUUAAGAUGAGGGGCCAAGCUUUCGUCAUCUUUAAAGAAAUCCAGAGCGCCACAAAUGCCUUGAGGUCGAUGCAGGGGUUCCCUUUCUAUGAUAAACCAAUGGCACAAUUUCACAACAGUGUAUUUGCAGAGAAUACAGUACUCAAAGUCGGACUCUGACAUCAUCUCCAAGCUGAAGGGUACCUAUCAAGAGCGACCCAAGAAAGUUCGACCGCCUACGAUGAGGGACGAAGACGCCCCUAGGAAGAAGAAGAAGAGCAAGGACCCCAACAGGGUCCCGGGCGGAGCGAAUGCUGAACAACCGCCUAACCAGAUUCUCUUCCUGACCAAUCUGCCUGACGAGACCAGCGAGAUGAUGUUGUCUAUGCUGUUCAAUCAGUUCCCUGGUUUCAAGGAAGUUCGUCUGGUCCCGAACAGACAUGACAUCGCCUUCGUCGAGUUUGAGAAUGAGAUGCAGGCCGGUGCGGCUAAAGAUGCUCUGCAAGGAUUCAAGAUCACGCCUACGCACGCGAUGAAAAUAUCUUUUGCUAAAAAAUAAUUAGGGAAUAUGUUUAAUGUGUCCGUGUGAAUUUGUUGUUAUUGACCGAUAAAAUGGUAUGUGUAAGAGUUAUGAAUAAAAAUUAUUUCAUACGAA